AUGGGGGGCCAUGAUCAUCACAAACCAUACCAUGUCCCAGACCACACUGUAUACAAACUAGAAAAUGCACCUGAAUUGAUAAAGGUUCAAGAAAAAUUGGCACAGGAAGGUUUGAAGGAUCCUUGGCUGCGGAAUGAAAUUUGGCGUUACGACGUCACGAAGUGGGGAACAUUUUGGGGACGUGGCUUCCGCUAUGCAACGUGUGGUUUUAAAUUGGGUAUUCCAUUGUUUCUCUUGACGAUAGGACUCGAAAAAGCUUUUGGAAUCGAAUAUGGCCAUGGCCAUAGCCAUGACCAUGGCUCACAUGAUGGCGAACAUGAUAGUCAUCAUUGA